GGGCGGGUCGGGCGGCGGAGCGAGGGGAGCGGCUCCUUUUCCCCGGCUUGGGCUCCUUUUCCCCGGCUUGGGCUCCUUCCCCGGGCUCGGUUUUCUCCUUGGCUGGAUCCAGCGGGGCUUGCCGCGGCCGUAGCGCUUCCCCCGAGGUGUAGGGAGGAAGGGAGAGGUGUGUGUCCCCGCCUGCCCGCGCGGGUCCGCCUCGCCACGGUGCCCUGUGAGAAGCGAGAGGAAGAGGGAGGCGGCGGCCGCGGGGAGGAGGAGGACGAGGAGGAGGAGGAGGAGGAAGGGGCUGCCAUCGUCCUGCUGCACGGGAAGGCCAGCUUGGCGAGCCUGGCCAUGGCCGCCAUCCGCAAGAAGCUGGUGGUGGUGGGGGACGGAGCCUGUGGCAAGACCUGCCUGCUGAUCGUCUUCAGCAAGGACGAGUUCCCCGAGGUCUACGUGCCCACCGUCUUCGAGAACUACGUGGCGGACAUCGAGGUGGACGGCAAGCAGGUGGAGCUGGCCCUGUGGGACACGGCCGGCCAGGAGGACUACGACCGCCUGCGUCCCCUCUCCUACCCGGACACCGACGUGAUCCUCAUGUGCUUCUCCGUGGACAGCCCCGACUCGCUGGAGAACAUCCCGGAGAAGUGGGUGCCGGAGGUCAAGCACUUCUGCCCCAACGUCCCCAUCAUCCUGGUGGCCAACAAGAAGGACCUGCGCAACGACGAGCACGUGCGGAACGAGCUGGCCCGCAUGAAGCAGGAGCCGGUGCGCACCGAGGACGGCCGCGCCAUGGCCAUCCGCAUCCAGGCUUACGACUACCUGGAGUGCUCGGCCAAGACCAAGGAAGGCGUCCGGGAAGUCUUCGAGACCGCCACCCGGGCGGCUCUGCAGAAGCGCUACGGCACCCAGAACGGCUGCAUCAACUGCUGCAAAGUGCUAUAGUGGGGGGGGGGGACACACACGACCCGGCGCCGGGGUCACCUGCAGCCAGCGGGGUCCCGCGGGGUGCGGGGCUGAGGGAGCGGGGAGCGUCCUUCCCCUCGCCCUGCCCGGCGGGGCUUGUGCUGGCUCGGCCGUGGGGGACAGAGGUGGGGAGGGGGUGGGAAUUGCAUGCCCUGAGUCUUGCGGAACAGAGCGGGGAGAAAGAAGCCUCCUCCCGGCCCCUCUGCGAGCCGAGCGCGGGCUCUUCCGACGAGAUGAAAGCUGCGGGGACUGGACUCUGCAAACGUUGCAGCCGGCUCUUCCCCUUGGCCCACCAGCUGCUGCGAGAGGAGAGCUGUGGAGCUCGAGGUGGGCUGGACGGGACUUGUGCCUCCUGCCCGCCUUGUGCCCGCCCCCGGGCGGGCUGGGGCAGGGGGCUGCCUCUCCCGGGCUGCCUCGCAGCAUCCUCGCCUCUCCCGCGGGUCUUCUGCCCUGAGCCUGGCCUGCUGGGGAAGUUAGUGCCCUGAAAGACUUGAGACUGGGAGGGUCAUCCCUGGGCCGAGCCUGUAUAUAUCUUACCUUUUCUGUCUUGUGCAAACUUGGGGUAGUGCAGGGGGUGCGUCUUUCACGUCAGGUGGGGAGGGGGUGCCCGGCUGGGACUUGCGUGGUGCAGAGGAACUUGCCCUGAGUGACUUGAUGCCUGCAGGUAACUUCAAGCUGAUUCCAGCUGCAGAAGCCACAGGGGCUGGAGAAGUAAAGCUGAACUGCUCUGUCCUCCUUGCCUGGACAUCCUCCUCCUGACAGAACCAGGCAGGAUGAGCAAGGGGGAAAGGGAAUGAUCUUGCCAUAAUUACGAUCUUGGUGCCUGCUCCUUCCUUUAACGUUGUCUCCUGCAAGGAUGUUGGUUUGGGUUUAUUUAAAAGUUUUUAUUUUCGAAAGAAAUUACUUUGCACAACUUGGUGGAUAUUUUUUUUGUUUGUUUAAAUUAAACACUCAAUGCACUUGUCAUCUGCAUACAACACUGUAGCAUUGGAAACGUUCCUAGUAACCUCAUCUGGGUCUUGUUUUAAAUUGAUUUCAACACAAGACAAACUAAAACCACUGUAUUGUUUUGCCUUGGAAAAAAAAGAGUGAAGAGACUGUUCUUUAUGCAGUGAGUACAUCAGAUUUUUGUACUAAAGGGCAGUUUAAAGAAUCUAGGUUUAUUUAAAAUGUAUUUUCACAGGGUCGCCAACCCUGGGUGAAAAUAAUUUUGUGUUUCUCUGGUUCAGAGAACAAAUGUAUCCAUUUAUGUUUGUUUACUUUUCUCCUUCCCUCAGCAGUGGUACUGAGACUGUUUUCGUUUUUGGUAAACUGACGUGGCAAAAACUGAGAUGUAUAUGAUGUUUACAUAAAAUUAUGAACUGUGUAUGCAGGUUUGUUGUUUUUUUUUUUAAUGUAAAGUAUUAAAAGAUUCUAUGCUGGCA